UUCUUCUUCCUUCCUUGAUACCUCGUUAACACAAGACUGAAACUGAAUUUGAUAUGAUUUGGUUCCGAGUGUGCAUUUGAUUUCUCUGCCUCUUUCGACUUCUUCACUAUCUCUAUUAUAAAGCCUCAAUCUUGGUUCUGUCUCUCUCUCUCUCUCUACGCGGUUCAUAUCCUAGCUUGGCCUAACAAAGCCCUCUAUUUUCGAAUUUUUGAUAACCGGUAGGUUCGGAGUAGAAGCAAAAUGUUCUUAAUUCGUCUCUCCCGCCAUAAUCGAUCCUCUUUUACACUUCUCACCCGCCGCCUUCACCGCGGUUCAGACCAAACAGAGUCACCCUCACGGCUCCGAGACCAUUACAAUUUUCAACCACCGCCGCCGUUGUCUACAUCCUCUGAAAAUCAUGACUUUAUCCAAAAGAAGAAGAAGCCGAAGCCGCAGUACCGCCCGCCUUCGUCACUGGAAGGUGUGAAGAAGAUGCACUCUGAUCUUCCCUUUGAUUUCCGGUUCAGUUACACGGAGAGUAGUUCAAAUGUUAGGCCAAUUGGUUUGAGAGAACCAAAGUAUUCUCCUUUCGGUCCUCAACGCUUGGACCGGGAAUGGACCGGUGUCUGUGCUCCUGCCGUUGAUCCUAAGUUAGAGUCUGUGGACGGAGUGGAGGAUCCGAACUUGGAAGAGAAAAGAAGGAAACUUAGGGAGAAGAUCCAAGGGGCUUCACUUACUGAAGCUGAAAGGAAAUUUCUUGUGGAGCUUUGUCAGAGGAACAAA